GAGGUAGAGGCAGCGACUCAGGGGAAACCAGACUGUGGUGGUGGUGGUGGGAAGAUGUCGGGCGAGGACGAGCAGCAAGAGCAAACUAUCGCCGAGGACCUGGUCGUGACCAAGUAUAAGAUGGGGGGCGACAUCGCCAACCGGGUACUUCGGUCUUUGGUGGAAGCAUCCAGCUCGGGUGUGUCGGUACUAAGCCUGUGUGAGAAAGGUGAUGCCAUGAUUAUGGAAGAAACAGGGAAAAUCUUCAAGAAAGAAAAGGAAAUGAAGAAAGGUAUUGCCUUCCCCACCGGCAUUUCAGUAAAUAACUGUGUAUGUCACUUCUUCCCUUUGAAGAGCGACCAGGACUAUAUUCUUAAGGAAGGUGACUUGGUAAAAAUUCACCUUGGGGUCCAUGUGGAUGGUUUCAUCGCUAAUGUGGCUCACACUUUUGUGGUUGACGCAGCUAAGGGGACCCCAGUAACAGGGCGGAAAGCAGAUGUCAUUAAGGCAGCUCACCUUUGUGCUGAGGCUGCCUUACGCCUGGUCAAACCUGGAAACCAAAACACACAAGUGACAGAAGCCUGGAACAAAGUUGUCCAUUCAUUUAAUUGCACGCCAAUAGAAGGUAUGCUGUCACACCAAUUGAAGCAGCAUGUCAUCGAUGGAGAGAAAACCAUUAUCCAGAACCCCACAGAUCAGCAGAAGAAGGACCAUGAAAAGGCUGAAUUUGAGGUACAUGAAGUAUAUGCUGUGGAUGUACUUGCCCGCUCAGGAGAGGGCAAGGCUAAGGAUGCAGGACAGAGAACUACCAUUUACAAACGAGACCCCUCUAAACAAUAUGGCCUGAAAAUGAAAACUUCACGUGCCUUCUUCAGUGAGGUGGAAAGACGUUUCGAUGCCAUGCCAUUUACUUUAAGAGCAUUUGAAGAUGAGAAGAAGGCCUGGAUGGGGGUGGUAGAGUGCGCCAAACAUGAACUGCUACAACCAUUUAAUGUUCUCUAUGAGAAGGAGGGUGAAUUUGUUGCCCAGUUUAAAUUUACAGUUCUGCUCAUGCCCAAUGGUCCCAUGCGGAUAACCAGUGGUCCCUUCGAGCCUGACCUCUACAAGUCUGAAAUGGAGGUCCAGGAUGCAGAGCUAAAGGCCCUCCUCCAGAGUUCUGCAAGUCAGAAAACCCAGAAAAAGAAAAAAAAGAAGGCCUCCAAGACUGCAGAGAAUGCCACCAGUGGGGAAACACUAGAAGAGAAUGACACUGGGGACUGAGGUGUGGGUCCCAUCUCCCCAGCUUGCCGCUCCUGCCUCUUCCCCUUCCCUCUACACCCCAGGCUCUGUGAAGUGCAUUUCGUCUUCUCCACCCAGGACCGCCAGCAGAGCGGGGUCUCCCUGCCCCCAUUCCAGUCCCCCAACCCACUCACCCCCUUCCAACAACAACCAGCUCCAACUGACUCUGGUCUUGGGAGGCCAGUCUUCCCAGCCACCGAAGACUACUUUAAAUAGAAAAAGAGAUUGAAUAAUAAAAUCA